AUGGAUGCUCCAGCAGACAUCGUGCAGUCUGUCGAGACGCCGCCUGCCGUCCAGCAUGACGAAGUCGUGCCGAAAGCCGUCCUGACGCCGCCCACGAGCGAAGACAACGACCCAAAGCGACAAGAGAGGAUGUCGUCGGAGCUUUCUGAGAUUGACAGUGACGAUGGCGAGGAUAUUGAGCCGGAUCAUUAUUGGGAGGGAGGGAAGAUACCCGUGUUCAAGCCGACAAUGGAGCAGUUCCAUAACUUCAAGCGCUUUAUCGACAAGGUGGACAAGUUCGGAAUGAAGUCUGGCAUUGUGAAGGUCAUUCCACCGACAGAAUGGCGUGGCUCUUUACCAGACCUACAGGAAGCCGUCAAGUCGAUCCGAGUCAAGAAUCCAAUUACACAAGAGUUCACAGGUCAACAUGGUGUCUACACUGGAGCGAACGUCGAGAAGCAGCGAUCCUACAACCUACCGGAAUGGCGGGCUGUCACGGACGAGCCACACCACCAGCCCCCGGCCAAGCGAGGCGAGACACGUGCGGGCCGAAAAGCAGAGGCCCCAGCGCGCACACGAUCCACACGAGCCGCGAAGAUCGACGAUAGCACCCCUGUUCCGAAGCGCAAGCCUGGUCGGCCCGCUCGUGGACGACGCAGCGUCAAGAAGGAGCCAGAAGAGGACGAGGAAGAUGACGAGGCUGAGACUCUCGAUGUGCCCCCCACGCCUACCUCGCCAGGCGCUGAAGAUCACAAGCCAACUAGGCGCGGUGGUAGGGUGAAGAAGGAAGAUACGCCAACCAGACCUCGCGGCCGUCAACCCCGGGCCCAGAACGAGAAGAAGUCGGUGUCUUCUCGGCGACUCAAUAAUAGAGGCGUUGUCAAUGACUACGUUGAUGAAGCUGCUUUUGGGGACUUCGACUACCAUCUGGAAGGCCUCGAGGAGUUCACUCCUGAGCGAUGCAAGGAGCUCGAAGAAGCCUACUGGAAGACCAUAUGGAGUGGACAGCCAAUGUAUGGUGCAGACAUGCCUGGAUCGCUCUUUGACGAUCGAACAACGUCCUGGAAUGUAGCGAAGCUUCCCAAUCUGCUCGACGUACUUGGGACGAAAGUACCCGGCGUGAACACCGCCUACCUGUACCUUGGCAUGUGGAAGGCCUCGUUUGCCUGGCAUCUAGAAGAUGUUGAUCUCUACAGCAUCAAUUACAUACACUUCGGCGCGCCAAAACAGUGGUACAGCAUUUCCCAGGAGGAUGCACGUCGUUUCGAGGCUGCGAUGAAGAGUAUUUGGCCAAACGAUGCCAAGAAUUGCUCCCAGUUCCUGCGACACAAGACCUACCUCAUCUCUCCGCAGCGACUGGAGAAGGACUUCAACAUCAAGGUCAACAGGCUGGUCCACUACGAAGGCGAGUUCGUCAUCACAUAUCCUUACGGCUACCAUUCUGGGUACAACAUCGGCUACAACUGUGCGGAGUCAGUCAACUUUGCGACUGAAAGCUGGUUGAGCUACGGUAGGAUUGCCAAGAAGUGUGAUUGUGAGCCUGACAGCGUGUGGGUCGAUGUGAACGAAAUCGAACGCAAAUUGCGCGGCGAACCUACACCCGAAUACUACGAAGAGACCGACGACGACGACGACGAUGAAGAUGGUGCCGAUCGACUCCCAAGCCCCCCAGCGAGCGUUGCAGGGAAGACGAAGAAGAAGCCUGGCAGAAAGCCAGCCGCGAAACGGAAGCGCGGGAAGGACGAACCGCAAGAAGCUGCGAGGCCGAAGAAGCUCAGGAAGAUACGCAUCCGUCUCAAGAUUCCUGGACGCGGCAUGCCGUGUAUCUUAUGUCCCAACGACGUCGACUUCGACGACCUGUUGCCGACCGACAACGGCAUGAAGGCUCAUCGCAUCUGCGCUGAUUACACGCCAGAGACAUACAUCCAGAACGAGACAGUUUGCAAUGUUGCCAACAUCGGGAAGGAUCGUCUGGAGCUGAAGUGCAACUACUGUCGCUCCAAGCGCGGUGCAGUCUUUCAGUGCUCUCAGAAGAAGUGUACCAGGGCCUUCCACGCCACGUGCGCGGUUGCUGCUGGUGUACAAGUCGACCUGGGUACUAUGCAGACGUUCGACGCUGAGGGUACGGAGUACUAUUACGAUGGCUACGACUUCCGCUGCCGCUUCCACCGACCCAAGAAGAGGAACAACAAGACUGUUGAUGUCGAUGCGUUGGAGAAGAACAAGUUUGUUCUCAACUACGGAAAGACACUGAAACCAAAAGACGUCAUCCAGUUCCAGUAUGUCGGUGGAGAGAUGUAUCAAAUCUAUGGUGCACAGGUCGUUGAGAACAGACCUGGUGAGCAGGCUGCGCUUGUGGAUGUUCUUCCGGAUGGCGAUCGAGUGGAGGUUGAAUGGAAGUACAUCCUCAAGCUGCACCCAGACGAGUCGCAACGACCCAAGCCGUCUGCCAAUGCUCAGCCAUUGCCGGAGCAUCUCAAAGAGAACGACGCAUCGCUCGACAUCACCAACCGCACAGAUGGCGUUCCUGAGAUGGGUGAUCCGUUCCAUGAUCCCAACUCAGAACAGAAAUGGGCUGAAUGGAACACAGCACCUGAAGUCACACGGAGAAUUGCCAAGGUCGAUUUCAGCAAAGAGAACAGACUGUGGUAUUACCUUGGAAAACCUUCUACGGAGGCUAAACCACAGUAUACCGAGGAUCUUGCGAGGCCGACGAACAACCCCAAGAGCAAUUUCCUGGAUACUGUCAAACCUCCGCCUUUGCCAAUGCCAACUUUCCAGCGACAUUCGUACCCAGUAUCAUACCCACUCAAGCCAGCACCUCCUGGCAUGGCACAGCGCACGAUGAUGCCACAACAGAUCGCACCUGCAGGUGGAAAGCCAUACACAUACAAGCCGAAGGAUACCCUGAUGACCUCCUGGAAGACACCAAUGUACAAUCCAGAUACCCGACAGAACCCCAAUUCUCCCGUGGCACACCAACCGAAUGUCACCUACGAUUACAGGAAUACUCCUCAAUACGGAUAUCCUCCACCCCGGCCCAUGUCGCAGCAGCAGCAGCAGCAGUAUCAGCCAUAUGCGCCACCGCCACACAAUUACUCUGCUCAAGGCUAUGUGACGCAGGCUGCAUCAGCUGGGCCGCUUCUCGACGGUAUCGACAAAUAUGCUCACACGAACCAGUCUCAUCAGGCACUGCCUCCAUACCCAUACUCUCAGAGCAACGCACAGGGUCCGCCGCGCCAACUGCCUUAUCCUGGCUCGAACACCGCGCCAUAUGGCUCUCCUGCGCAGCACGGUCAAGCACCCCCUUCACACGGGCAUGCACCGAAUUCAAACAUGCUGAGCACCCCUACUGGGACUCCCAAACCUCCAAUGUACGCCGUCACACCCCACUCCUCCGUUGUUUAUGCUGCCCAAACCCCUACUGAAUAUCUUGCCUACGUUUUGAAAUACCCGUACUUGAGAAAUGCGUACCUUAGGAGGCAAAAGACUUACAUAUCUCCUUACAGUCCUGGUGAUGGAAUUGCACCUGAAUGGCUGCCCAAACCCCCGCAGUUAGUCGGUGGUGCAACGCCGGCUCAAUCCAUGCGCACAGGAUCGACAGGCUCCCAUGGCUACUACCCAAGCCCUUCACCCAGCUCGAUAGCGCCGAGACCAGCAGCACAAUUCCAGUCACCUGAUGCUUUUCAACGAGGCCUGACUCAAGCCUCGACCUCCGCAACAGGCGCACCCAAGUGGGAGCAGAUGCUCAAGCAGCUCGCCACAUCCUCUGGCCCCGCAGCCACGCCGUCCGCAACGGCAUCGUCCCAGCCGCCACAGUAUCCGCCUCUACCGCGCUCGAGCACAAGCUACGGCAUGCCCAACGCACCGGGCCCGUUUCAGAAACAUACCCCGCCGCUGCCACCGCCGGCAGAGCCCCAACGACCAAUACCCAGUCCUAUUAGCGAUGAUGGGAAGGCUAGCGUCGUGGCUGCGAAAUCGGUGCUGCCCUCGCCGCCCGCGAUGCCGCCCACGCCGGGGCAGGUACACAGUGCUGAGACGUGGCGGUUCUCACAGUGA